AGGCAGUCCUAAAAGCAAGAGGAGACACAAGAGGAGAGAAGAGCAGAAGCUCUUCUUCAGCAGCACCUCUGUAUGUAUGCAUUCUGCUACUUGCCACAUAUCUACAAGGGAGUUUCUUCAGACUGCAGAGGAACUUGUGAACUGUCAGAAUAUUAUAAGUCUUUCCUUGAGAUGUCAGCCAAGAGCUUCAGUGUAGUCACAGUUGCUUCUGUGCUUAUUUUCUUCCUAAAGACACCAGUCUCAAUGCAAGCUCCGUUGAAUGGGUCAAAAUGGUCUUAUAUUGGUCCUGAUGGAGAGAAGGCCUGGCCAAAGAAAUACCCAUUUUGUGGAGGAAUAUUCCAGUCACCGAUAGAUUUUCACAAAGAUAUUCUCCAGUAUGAUUCUAAUCUCUUACCUUUAGAAUUCAUAGGCUAUAAUGUGUCCUCCACUGACCAGUUUACAUUGAUCAAUAAUGGUCAUUCAGUGAAAAUGUACCUGUUGCCUACUAUGUACAUCAGAAACCUCCCGUUUGAAUAUACAGCAUCUCAACUUCACCUCCACUGGGGAAACAGAAACAAGUCAGAAGGCUCAGAGCACACAGUCAGUGGGAAGCACUUUGCAGCAGAGCUGCAUAUUGUACAUUAUAACUCUGAGAAAUAUCCAGAUGUAACAGCAGCAAUGGACAAAGCAGACGGACUGGCGGUUUUGGCUAUUCUUUUUGAGAUUGGACCCUUCAACCCAUCCUAUGAAAAGAUCUUCAGGCACUUCCGGAAUGUGAAAUACAAGGAUCAGCUGGUCCAAGUCCCUGGUUUCAAUAUCCGAGAACUGCUUCCUGACAGACUGGAUGAGUACUAUCGCUAUGAAGGAUCCCUGACAACUCCUCCCUGCUAUCCUAGCGUUCUCUGGACAGUUUUCCGACACCCCGUUAAAAUUUCACAUGAGCAGUUACUGGCAUUGGAAACAGCCAUGUACUGCACAGAGAGUGAUGACCCAGAACCCCUGGAAAUGGUCGAUAACUUCCGGAAAGUUCAGGAAUUCCAAGAAAGACUGGUGUUUAUCUCAUUCCGUGAAGGUUUUGUUGUUUCUGUUGUGAUAGCCUGUGUUCUGGGAGUGCUCAUCAUUCUUGCAGUAGUCUUAUGCCUAUUGAAGAGGAAAAGCUGCAAAAAGGAAGGCAAAGACAACAGAGGGGUCAUCUACAAACCAGGCACACACAAGGAGGAAGAUAUCUCCAAACUUUGAUGCCUUGCUCUGUCCCAGAAG